CCUGACCAGAGUGAAACAACUAAAACAUGACAUCCGCAUUUAGCUGAGUGUGCCCCGCUUUCUCGACUAGCUUCCCCACAACCCGAGCGACCACGGUAUCCAUACGGAGUAUACCUCGGCAUGUUGACAGAGACAACAGAUAUAAAGAGGCUGUCAAGGACGUAACAAGGUCCCAACACAACCUGACCAUAGUUUUACAGCAAACAUGACUGAGAUUCACGGCACAUGUGACCCGAAAUUCCAGGGAGUCCGCUCUCUCCUUGACAAGUACAUCAAAUCAGGCGAAGAGGUUGGUGCCUCGAUCACCAUUGACAUCGAUGGCAAAGAAGUGGUGGACAUCUGGGGCGGAUACGCCGACAAGGAGCGAACCAAGCCAUGGGAAAAAGAUACCAUCGUCAAUGUGUUUUCGUGCACAAAGACAAUCACCAGUCUCGCAGUCCUCAUGCUCGUCGACAGAGGAUUGAUCGACGUCAACGAGCGCGUCUCACACUACUGGCCUGAGUUUGCGCAAAAUGGCAAACAGGACGUUCUGGUCAGGCAUUUGCUGAGUCAUACGUCUGGUGUCUCAGGCUGGGAAGAGCCGGUAUCAGUUGAAGACGUGUACGAUACUGACAAAGCGGCUGCAAUGCUAGCCCGUCAGGCUCCGUGGUGGACUCCCGGGACGGCAUCCGGAUAUCAGGCUGUGUGUUUCGGACAUCUUCUCGGAGAGCUGAUCAAGCGUGUUUCUGGCAAGUCGCUACGCGAAUUUGUGGACACUGAGAUCGCAGGUGUUUUGGAUGCAGACUUUCAGAUCGGCGCAGCCGAGAACACCUGGGACCGCAUUUCUCCUCUCAUUCCCCCGCCUCCGACGGGAGUUAUGCCAGAGUUUGAAGAGGGAUCUGCGCGAGCCAAGACGCUACUCAACCCCGGAUUUGACCCCAGCUUUGCGAACACCGGGCCUUGGAGGCAAGCUGAGCUAGGUGGCUCCAACGGCCAUGGCAACUCCCGCUCUAUGGCGCGUAUUCUCUCUGCAAUCACCCUAGGUGGCUCGAGCCAAGGCAAGAAGUUGCUGUCAGAAGAUACGAUCAAGUUGAUUUUCCAGGAACAGGCCAGUGGAACGGACUUGGUUCUUGGGUCGUCGUUGAGAUUCGGCAUUGGUUUUGGACUGGCGCCUUCACCAGCACUACUCUGGGUUCCAGAGGGCAAUGUCUGUUACUGGUCCGGCUGGGGCGGUUCAAUUAUCAUCAUGGAUCUGGAUAGGCGUAUGACGAUUGCUUAUGCUAUGAAUAAGAUGGCGGGUGGACUUGACAGUAGUGAUCGGGCUGAGGCCUAUGGAAAGGCAAUUUAUCAGGCCUUUGAGAAGUAAGAGAUAUGAAUUUAAUAAGGGCCUAUGCUAGUCCUGGUAGCUACGUCUCGUACAAUACAGCUGCACAGCUGAAUGAUCCUCGCGAUGCAUGGUAACUUCCUAGCAAUUAAUUCAAAAGAAGAAGAUUCCGAAUUGUCUCUAGCGUUGUUG